AUGUUCAGCCAGAAUAUCGCAUCAAGGAUGAAGAUUGGUUUCAUAGGAGCUGGAAAAAUGGCACAAGCUUUGGCAAGGGGCCUCAUAAAUUCGGGAAGAAUUGCUCCCGAUAACAUAAUUGCCAGCUCGCCAAAGAAAGAUAUCUCAUUUCUUAAUGAUUGCAAGCUUCUUGGGCUUCAAACUACUCACGACAACACAGAAGUUGCUCACAAAAGUGACGUUGUGUUUCUCGCUGUAAAACCUCCUUAUGUUAACAAAGUCACUUCGGAAAUUGCACCAAUCUUAAGCAGAGAACAGCUAGUUGUUUCUAUAGCUCUUGGAAUAACCAUAAGGAAUAUUGAAUCGUUAUUGCCUGCAAAAUCUCGUGUGGUUCGAGUAAUGCCAAACACACCGGCUGUGGUUCGAGCAGGAGCUUCUGCUUUUGCAAUGGGUUCUGCUUGUCGAGAUGGGGAUUCGGAUAUUGUUAGAGAUUUGCUUAGUACUGUUGGAUUUGCUGUCGAAGUUCCAGAAGCGCAUAUCGAUCCAGUAACCGGUCUUUCAGGUUCCGGUCCCAGCUACAUGUUCGCUGUCAUCGAAGGUUUGGCUGAUGGCGGUGUGAAAGUUGGCCUACCACGAGAUCUGGCUAUUCAACUUGCUGCUCAUACAUUGUUAGGAGCAGCUAAGAUGGUUUUGGAAACAGGCACUCAUCCUGCUCAGUUGAAAGACGAUGUACAAAGUCCAGGAGGUUCUUCUGUGUACGGUAUGCAUAAGUUGGAAACUGGAGGAUUAAAGGGUCUCCUUAUGGAUGCAGUCGAAGCAGCGACAAACCGAUCUCGUGCCACAGGAGACAAGGCUCUUCCACGCGAAAUAAGAAAUUCCGAGUUGUUGCAGGACAUAUACGACGAAGAAAAAUCGGAAGUUGACGAGGCAAUUUUCACUCCGAAAAGACAUGCUCUAAGACGUUGA